GACACCGCCGCCAUCAUGGUGAAGCUCGCCAAGGUGAGGCCGCCGGGCGGGGCCUUCGGGCGCGGUGGGGCCUUCGGCUCUGAGGCCGCGGGGCCGGGCCUGAGGUGGGAGCGGGGCUCGCCGCGGUUCUUCCCGCCGCCGCCGUCUCCUCAGCGCCGCGCGGCGCUUUCCGGCCCUCCUCUCCCCCGUUCUUUUUUCCUUCACAGCGAAAAUGGCGGCGAGGGGAGGGGCGCGCGCGCGACUCCCAAGAAUCAAAUGAAACAGAAAAAAAUGGCGCCUCCCCCAAAAAAGGUCGAGGAAAGCGAAGAGGAAGAGUCCUCCGACUUAGAGGAAAGCAGCGGGGAAGAGGUGAUGGUCCCUCCAAAGAAACAACAAAAAGCAGCAGUUACACCAGCCAAGAAGGCUGCUACCCCUGCAAAGAAGGCUGCUACUCCUGCAAAAAAGGCAGUGACACCAGCCAAGAAGGCUGUGGCUACUCCAGCUAAAAAGGCUGUUGCUCCAUCCCCCAAAAAGGCUGCUGUCGUAGGCAAAGGGGCAAAAAAUGGCAAGAAUGCCAAAAAGGAAGAGAGCGAGGAGGAAGAUGAAGACGAUGAAGAUGAUGAGGAAGAUGAGGAUGAAGAAGAGGAGUCUGAUGAGGAAGAGGAACCAGCAGUGCCUGUGAAGCCUGCAGCCAAAAAGUCCGCAGCAGCUGUACCAGCCAAAAAGCCUGCAGUUGUGCCAGCAAAGCAAGAAUCUGAGGAGGAGGAGGAGGAAGAUGAUGAAGAGGAGGACGAGGAAGAUGACGAGUCUGAAGAUGAGGCCAUGGACACAACUCCUGCUCCUGUGAAGAAACCUACUCCAGCAAAGGCUACACCAGCUAAAGCCAAGGCGGAGUCUGAAGAUGAGGAAGAUGAGGAGGAUGAGGAUGAAGAUGAGGAGGAUGAAGAUGAUGAAGAGGAAGAUGAGGAAGAAAGUGAGGAUGAAAAACCUGUCAAGGAAGCACCUGGAAAAAGGAAAAAAGAAAUGGCCAAUAAGAGUGCACCAGAGGCCAAGAAAAAGAAAACAGAAACACCUGCUUCAGCUUUCUCACUCUUCGUGAAAAACUUGACCCCCACCAAGGACUAUGAAGAACUGAGGACUGCCAUCAAAGAAUUCUUUGGCAAGAAAAAUCUCCAAGUCUCAGAAGUCAGAAUCGGUUCUUCCAAGCGGUUUGGCUAUGUGGACUUCUUAUCUGCUGAAGAUAUGGAUAAAGCUCUUCAACUGAAUGGAAAGAAGCUGAUGGGUUUGGAAAUCAAACUGGAAAAAGCAAAGAGCAAAGAAAGUCUUAAAGAAAAUAAGAAAGAGAGAGAUGCCAGAACACUGUUUGUGAAGAAUCUGCCCUACCGUGUAACUGAAGAUGAAAUGAAAAAUGUAUUUGAAAACGCUUUAGAAGUCCGACUAGUACUUAACAAGGAAGGGAGCAGCAAAGGGAUGGCCUACAUUGAAUUCAAAACAGAAGCUGAGGCAGAAAAAGCACUGGAGGAGAAGCAAGGCACAGAGGUUGACGGUCGUGCCAUGGUCAUUGACUACACCGGUGAGAAGAGCCAACAAGAAAGUCAGAAAGGAGGUGGAGAGAGGGAGUCAAAGACUCUGAUUGUGAACAACCUGUCAUAUGCUGCCUCAGAAGAAACUCUCCAGGAACUGUUUAAAAAAGCGACUUCCAUCAAGAUGCCACAGAACAACCAGGGCAGGCCUAAAGGGUAUGCAUUUGUAGAAUUUCCCACAGCCGAGGAUGCCAAAGAGGCAUUGAAUUCCUGUAACAACACAGAAAUUGAAGGCAGAGCAAUCAGGCUGGAAUUCAGUUCACCAUCGUGGCAGAAAGGGAACAUGAAUGCAAGAGGAGGAUUUAACCAACAAAGCAAAACAUUGUUUGUCAGAGGCCUUUCUGAGGACACAACGGAGGAGACGCUAAGAGAAUCAUUUGAAGGCUCUAUAAGUGCUAGAAUAGUCACAGAUAGAGACACUGGAUCUUCUAAAGGGUUUGGUUUUGUGGACUUCAGCUCCCCAGAAGAUGCCAAAGCAGCUAAAGAAGCUAUGGAGGAUGGAGAGAUAGACGGAAACAAAGUGACCCUUGAUUUUGCCAAACCAAAGGGUGAAUUUCAGCGUGGCGGCGGAUUUGGUGGUGGAUUUGGUGGUCGUGGUGGCAGAGGAGGCAGAGGAGGAGGAAGAGGUGGAUUUGGUGGCAGAGGUGGUGGCAGAGGGUUUGGAGGUAGAGGAGGUGGUUUCCGAGGAGGCAGAGGAGGAGGUGGAGAUCACAAGCCACAAGGGAAGAAGAUCAAGUUUGAAUAAACUUCCCUUUUCCUUUCCCUUCUCUUGAUCUCUGAGACUAUCUGAAAGGACUCCAGGGGUUUUUAUUCUCCUUUUAUCUUGGUGGAGCCUUCGGAGGACAUUCCAAGGUGCAAAGGAGUACUGUGAGCCACUUGGAAGAAAGAAUUUUCAUUUCAAGGAAGAAAAGCAAGCUAUUUUGUCUGCUUGCUUAUUCAAGUGAACUUUUUAACAGAAAUGAGCGAUAGCUGUGGGAAUUUACCCUUUGUCUGUGAGUUGUCUUGAAUUUAUAAUGUUUUACCCAUGUACAAAAAUAUUUUUUUCCUAUAAACUUCUGUAGCAUUUUUUUGCUGUAAAAAUGCAGAAUGUUUUAUCAUUUGUGCUUCAGCACCCUGUCUUGGACAGAUUAAAGGACCUAAACUGG